AUGUUGCAGAUUACAAAGUUAGGUAAAAAUAGAAUAAAGAAGAAGUUAUCAAUUUACCUUCAUUUUGGAACUUAUACCUACCAGACUACACAGCAGCGAGCAACCACAAGCAAGAAAGAUGAUCAACUCUCCAGAGAUGGCAUAAAUAGUCUUGUAUCCCAAGUAAGCAAAUCUCUUAAGGAAAAAAAUACGUUACCAAUAGAUGAUAUCCUCACGACAGUGAAGACAUUCUCUCUCAUUAAGGAUAUCCGAACUGAGGCAAGAAGGCAAAAGGAGAUAACGAAGAAGACAAAUCUUGGUCAAGGAAAGACCCAGGGUCGUGAUGUUUUUAUCACAUUGGACACUGUAAAUACAAAACAAAAGUCGAUAACUCUUGAUGAAUCUCAACCGACUCAUCAUCCACCUCAAUUAGCGUAUGGGCUUGAAAGGACAUUAUUUCAACCAAUGACAUUACAUCUCCUUCGAGAUCCUCGAAGUAAAGUAUAUAAUUUUGAAGAAGAGGUAGAAACCAUACAACCUGAUAUGUUAAAACGACGGACCCUUGAACAGGAUUCAUUGUUCAUCACACCACAUAGAGAUCAAGCAUUAUUAACAAUGGCAACGAAGUUCAACAAGAAAUAUAUGUCAUCAACUAGUUCAAUGACAUCUGUUUUAUCUCAUUUGCAUUUCUUAUUAUCAAAUUUCCGAAAGUUAAAUAUUGUUGAUUCCUCGAUUUCAAAACAUUUUCCACAAAAGGAUUGUAAUUUUACUAGGGGAGCACAAUUUCCUGCCUCAAUCAUAUUAAGGAAGAUGUCAGAUACAGUUUAUUCCAUUGAUUCAGAUAGAAGUUUAGAUCGAGAAAUUAUUUUAUCAAUUUUAGGUCAUUCUUUGGAAGAAUUCUUAACUCUGCAGAAAGAUAAAGAUUUGCCGGAAAGUUAUCAUUAUUCCAAAAUUGAUGAUUUUAUCUUGAGAUCACAAUUAGAUGCAUACAAUGAUAAAUUACCAGGGACAGGUGUAUUUGAUCUGAAAACGAGAGCCGUUACAGCAAUUAGACACGAUUUAUCAUAUGUGGAGAAUAAUAAUAAUUUUACAGGUUAUGAUAUAAAUAAAAUAUAUGGAGUUUAUGAAUCAUUAGAGCGUGAAUUUUUCGAGUUAAUUAGAAGCACUUUAUUAAAGUAUUCUCUUCAGGCACGUAUUGGAAAAAUGGAUGGGAUCUUUGUUGCGUAUCAUAACAUUUCCAAAAUAUUUGGAUUCCAAUAUUUACCGUUGGAGGAAAUGGAUUAUUUAAUACAUUCGAGUUGCACUGGAAAUUUCAGGAAUAAAAUCAAAUCACGAGAAAAAGUUAUGAAGGGUAUUUAUGGACAUUCAGAAUUCAUUGUGAAACAUCAGCGACAGGAUCGUGAAAUAGCAACGGAAGUUGCAGAAAAAGAAUUUAAAAUGUCUAUUGUAUUAUUCAAGAAUAUUUUGAAUCAUAUACAGAAAACUCUCAAAAAAAGGAAUUUAAAUUGGCAAAAAUGUAAAAUUAUGUUGAAGACAGAAUCAAAGAGGAAAAGGAUAUAUAAUAAUCUGGAAUUAAAUGUACCGAUACUCACGGUAGUUGCUUUGCCACUUUCGGAUGAUUACGUAGAUAUACCGUUAUCAACGAAAUCUUCAGAGGAAUCAUUGGAGCAAAUUUCAAAAAUUCGAGAGAAAAAUCUGAAGUUAUUAGAAGAGAAAUCUCAAUCUUUGAUUGGAUUUGAAGCCCAAGUAUCUCAUUUGAUUCAACAUCAUCCGUUAACUUUAACAAUACCGUCGUUUGCUAAAGUGGGGAAUAAAAUAUUGUCUGCAGAGUCUUGUAACUUUAUUUCCAAGAAGAUUAAUAAAGAUUAUUAUGGGAACCUACCUAGUUGGAAGACUCCGAAUUUUUUCCAUCCACUAGACGUUUCUACUUGGAAAUGUAACAUCAAUAUUAGUGACAUUACAAACUCAGAAAAGUUGAAACAAUUCUAUAUAUCGUGUCUCAAUGAGAAAUUAAGUUCAUUGGAACAACAGUCUAAUCUAGAUGAUACUAUGUUAGUUGAUCAAAGUACUGAAGUAUCAGAAAGGAUAGAGAAAUUUAUGAAUAAAGGGAAGAACAUUGAAAAAGUGAACGAUGAUCAUUGUGCUAAUGAUAGAUCAAAGAAGGCAAGCAAAGUUAGUGGUAAGAAUAGAUUGCCUUCUCAUUAUCAAAAAAUAUUACGUGCCUACGGUUUGAAAGGUUCUGAACGAACGAAGAUCAAUACAGGCAGUUGA